AGGGCUCAAGCCGUGGGCUCGGCUUCCUCGCCCCCUUCACGGCACAGCGGGAUCUCUCGGGAUCCCUCUCCAUCGACCUCAGGAUCUCUCGCAGCUCCAUGGCCUGCUUCUUUCCCUUCCGGUGCCGCGCACGGGCGCAGGUGCUGCCCUGUCAGGAGUCGGCCUUCCGCGUGACCUUGGAGGCCGAGCUCAAAGAUCCUGGGACAGACUGGCCACUGUCACAGGGCUGGGGUCUCGUGGUGUCCAGCGAUGAAGCCUUGCGGGAGCUGGUGAUCGUGAACAUCCAGGAGUCUACGUCUGUGAAGCACUGGAACUUGGAGCAUCCCGAGUGUCCAAUCGAAGUGGGCCAGGCCAUCUUGGAGGUGAAUGGAAAGACUGAGCGGAAUGAGAUGCUGGAGGAGCUUUGGGGCAAAACGGCUUGGAAGGAUGGGAAGGUGUUGAUCCAGAUGCUGAUCGACGUGCAGCUGACACCUCGGCAGAGAAGUUUCUUCAAUUUGGCCAUCCGAAGAUAUGAUGUAGUGGAUGAAUUCCUCGAAGCGACGAAGGUAGCUCACAAUGUAUGCAUGGUGGAACCAUGCACAAUUUGUCAGGAAGCAUUAGACGGGAGUUCUGAUGUCGUCCGAUUGUCCUGUGGCCAUCAUUUUCAUAAGUGCUGUGCACAAAAGCGUUUCUUUUCCCAAAAGAAUUUUCGUUGCCCCUGCUGCAACAACCUUCUGGGAGGAUGGAACUAAUGCAACCAGGCGCUCGCCUGGUGCAAAAAAGCCUUCCUUCCCUUCCUUCCGGAGACAAGCCGACGCCUUGGUCACUCCCUUGCCUCACGUGUGGGAUCGUGAAUCGACAAAGUCAGCUCAGCUGAGCUCCUGAUCAGCUCUGGUGGGAUCGCUCGUUUUUCUUUGACUCCGGCAAGUACCCCACAGGUGUUCCUGUGGCCUUGGCUGGAUGGAGAGCUGUGCUGAGAUGACCGUGCAGGUUGAACCUGGUCAUGUCACACUUCUGACUAGAAAGUGGCCAUGUUCGCUCACAGAGUGGCCCAGCCCUUCUAGCAACUCACAGUUUUUGAUUUUUUUGUUGUCGAUUUCAUGGUCCAAGUCCCCUAUUGUCAUGUGCUCCCGCAGGCAACAUUGAAACGGAUGUGCCAGCCGGGAGAUCUAGGUGUGGGUUUGUGUUCAAGGCUGGAAGCCCCAAGUAGAGGAUUGUUUGCCAGAAGGUAAGAUGGUGCCUAAAUUGCCAGGAACGUAGGGCUGUUUCUUCCCAUGUGGCAUAUGAACUACUCGGAUUGGCCCACAGCUGGACCAUGGCAAGGGAUUUCGCCAUAUCCCGGGGCCUAGGGGCCUGCACAAAAGAGCGGAUUUGCUUGACAGGGUGGUUGAAGUGAAUUUAAGGUCCUUCCAUGGGAGUGUACAUGUUGCUUCCGUCCAAAACCCUAGUUGUGAGGAGCAGCCUUGCAAGGCAUGUACAUGUGCAGUGUGUAUUAAUCUAUAAGAGGACUCCCCGAGAUCUAGUCUACGGGUGUGGCUUGCACACCGUGCAUUCUGAAUAUACCACUGGUCUCAGAACUGCACCUGGACGGAGUCCUUGAAGAAUAGCUGGCCCAGUUUCACGGUCAGACCCUCCCAUCUACCAAAACACCAAUCCACCUCAUGUAGACGCUUGCUUUUCUCAAGAUAUGGGGAUUCGGCAGGGCUCAAGCUCUGUCCGGGCUCAAGCUGCAAGAAGCAUUCGAGCCCAGCCCUUCACGGCAGCACCUCAGGAUCUCUCGCAGCUCCAUGGCGUGCUUUUUUCCCUUCUGCCGUGCCCGGGCGCAGGUGCUGCCCUCUCAGGAGUCGGCCUUCCGCGUGAGCUUGGAGGCCGAGUUCAAGGACUGGCCAGUGUCACAGGGCUGGGGUCUUGUGGUGUCCAGCGAUGAAGCCAUGCGGGAGCUGGUGAUCGUGAACAUCCAGGAGUCUACGUCUGUGAAGCACUGGAACUUGGAGCAUCCCGAGUG